GCUCUCUCUGACUUCCUCUCUAACCUCCACCAUCAUCUUCUCUCACCACCCGCUUAACCUUUCAAUAACCCCGCCAAGAUGUUCUUCUUCGGCCUCGGGAAACUCUUCUACGUCAUCAUCCUCUUCAUCAACUCCCUCGCCAUCCUCUCGGAGGACCGUUUCCUCGCUCGAAUCGGCUGGGGCCGCAUGCAAGCCGAUCCCGCCUUCGGCGCAACCUACGACAACACGAGCGUGAAGGCCAAGACCAUCAAUUUGAUCGCCAGUGUCCGGACCGUAAUGCGAAUACCCUUAAUCGUCAUCAACACGAUUGUCAUCAUCUACGAGCUUAUCCUGGGCUAAAUCACUCGAUUCGUUUUAUGUUCUCUUGGCGUUCGCUUCUUCCGAAAUCCGGAUCCGAUCGAUCUUCUGUAUACCUUGUCUACUCCACAUAUUCAUAUACGUACGCAUCAGCGAUUUACGAGGUGUUUUAAUUUCUACCGUCUCCGAAGAACUGAGUGGUAUAAAAUGGAUGGUCUUACGAAAUGGAAAUGACGUCUGUACGAAUAUCAUUAGGUGUGCGAUAUAAAUAUUUCGAAUUCGAUAAUAGAAGCCCUGAGGAUACAGAAGUCGUAGGGAGGUGGGGAUUAGGAAGUGACAUUGCC